CCUUCCGUAGGUUUCCGCCUCUUUCCGCCGGUUUCCGUUCCGUAAACCCUGCGCUGGAUGAGAUCAGCUGACUGCUUCUUUCCCGUCGCAGCCGCAUCGCAGCGCUUCUCCAGCCGACGAAGGCAAAAGCUGUUCGGACCCCUUCGCUUUAAAGACACAGGAUGGACCUGUCUAAGCUGCCCAAGAUCCGCGAUGAGGAGCGUGAGGGCCAGUUUGGCUACGUGCAUGGUGUGUCCGGACCAGUGGUGACAGCGUCCAGCAUGGCAGGAGCAGCCAUGUACGAGCUGGUGCGUGUGGGACACAGUGAACUGGUUGGGGAGAUCAUCCGGUUGGAGGGAGACAUGGCCACCAUCCAGGUGUAUGAGGAGACCUCUGGCGUGUCGGUGGGGGACCCUGUUCUCCGCACAGGGAAGCCCCUUUCUGUGGAGCUGGGGCCUGGAAUCAUGGGCUCCAUCUUUGAUGGCAUCCAGCGCCCACUGAAGGACAUUAAUGACCUGACCAAGAGCAUCUACAUCCCCCGCGGUGUGAACAUUGGGGCUCUGAACCGAGACAUUAAGUGGGAAUUCAGCCCCAGCAAAAACCUGCGAGUGGGCAGCCACAUCACCGGGGGCGACAUCUAUGGCUCUGUGUUCGAGAACUCGCUGAUCAAGCACAAGAUCAUGUUGCCUCCCCGCAACCGUGGCACUGUCACCUAUCUGGCCCCCCCAGGCAACUACGACGUCUCUGACGUGGUGCUGGAGCUGGAGUUCGAGGGCGUCAAAGAGAAGUUCAGCAUGGUGCAGGUGUGGCCAGUGCGGCAGGUGCGGCCGGUCACCGAGAAGCUACCCGCCAACCACCCCCUACUUACUGGCCAGCGCGUGCUGGACGCCCUCUUCCCGUGCGUCCAGGGUGGCACCACCGCCAUCCCCGGUGCCUUUGGCUGCGGCAAGACUGUGAUCUCUCAGUCCCUGUCCAAGUACUCCAACAGUGACGUCAUCAUCUACGUGGGCUGCGGGGAGCGUGGCAAUGAGAUGUCAGAGGUCCUCAGGGAUUUCCCUGAGCUGACUAUGGAGGUGGACGGGAAGGUGGAGAGCAUCAUGAAGAGAACGGCACUAGUGGCCAACACCUCCAACAUGCCUGUGGCCGCCCGAGAGGCCUCCAUCUACACAGGAAUCACACUGUCAGAAUAUUUCAGAGACAUGGGGUACAACGUCAGCAUGAUGGCUGACUCCACCUCGCGAUGGGCCGAGGCCCUUAGGGAGAUCUCGGGUCGUCUGGCAGAGAUGCCUGCUGACAGUGGAUACCCCGCCUACCUGGGGGCACGGCUGGCCUCCUUCUAUGAGCGAGCAGGACGGGUGAAAUGCCUGGGCAAUCCUGAGCGAGAGGGCAGCGUCAGCAUCGUGGGGGCUGUGUCGCCCCCUGGUGGUGAUUUUUCAGAUCCCGUGACAUCUGCUACCCUGGGAAUCGUGCAGGUCUUCUGGGGUCUGGAUAAGAAGCUGGCCCAGAGGAAGCACUUCCCGUCAGUGAAUUGGCUCAUCAGUUACAGCAAGUACACGCGAGCACUGGAUGAACACUACGACAAGCACUUUGCCGAGUUUGUGCCGUUGCGCACCAAGGCCAAGGAGAUCCUGCAGGAAGAGGAGGACCUGGCUGAGAUCGUGCAGCUCGUGGGCAAGGCCUCCCUCGCAGAAACAGACAAGAUCACGCUGGAGGUGGCCAAGCUGAUCAAGGAUGACUUCCUGCAGCAAAACGGCUAUACGCCGUACGAUAGGUUCUGCCCCUUCUACAAGACAGUGGGCAUGCUGUCCAACAUGAUCGCCUUCUAUGACAUGGCGCGGCACGCUGUAGAGAGCACGGCCCAGAGCGACAGUAAAAUAACCUGGGCCAUGAUCCGCGAGCACAUGAGUGAGAUCCUCUACAGGAUCAGCUCCAUGAAGUUCAAGGACCCAGUGAAGGAUGGCGAGGCCAAAAUCAAGCAGGACUACGGCCAGCUCCUGGAGGACAUGCAGAACGCCUUCCGCAGCCUGGAGGACUGAGUGGGCCCUCCCCUGGACCCCAGCACCCGGGGGCCCUGCAGCGGUCUGGCCACACAGCCACAUUCCAUGAGCGUGUGUGUUUUCGGUUCCAGUGAAUCUGUCAUUUGUCGCUGCUCAUAUGCGUGUGGAGUCGGGAGCCCUCAGCUUCUCCAGUGUCGUGCAGGUGCGGGUGCAUUCGUGCGGCUCCCCACUUGGACCCCUUUCCUGGAUAUUUUUGCUGUUGCCCAUAAAGUGGUUUAUUUAUUGCAGGCUUCAAAUGCAGCCUGCCCCCCUGCCAGCAAUCCACUUGUUUCCUCUUGGUUGUAUUCUUGAUCGUGCCGUCCUGUGUUCUUGCCGUGUGUGAAACACAUGCUUAGUCCAUAGUUUACUCUCUUUGUGGUACAUGUGUCAAGUCCCAAACAAUAAAAUAAAGGACUGUCUGA